AUGGGGUUCUUCUCAUCAUUGAGAAAGCACUUCAAGGGUGCUUCAACUCCAUUGGAGAGGAAACUUGUUCUCAAGUUGGACUUCUUCAUUCUUACUUUCUGCUGUUUAGCAUAUUUCAUGAAUUAUCUCGACAGAGCCAGCAUAACCCAAGCAUAUGUUUCUGGAAUGCGAGAGGACUUGGGCUUCAAAGGUGCUCAACUGACUGUCGUAACGACUCUUUAUGCGACAGCGUAUCUCAUAGGCAUUGUCCCCAACAAUUUGCUCUUGACUUAUUUUAAGCCUCGAAACUUCUUCCCCUUUAUGAUCACAACCUGGGCAGGAAUUACUAUGCUAAACGCGGUGGCGAAGACUCCGCAGCACCUCAUGGCUAUCCGAUUCUUCCAAGGGUACUUUGAAUCAUGCAUCUUCGCCGGAACCCAGUACAUUCUGGGAUCAUGGUAUACUAAGAAGGAGCUUGGCCAGCGCACAGGAUUCUUCACCGCCAGUGGUCUAGCUGGUGGUAUGUUUGGUGGCUUCCUCCAUAGUGGCAUCCAUUCGUCUAUCCAUUCGUCUAUGAAUGGCCUCCAUGGUCUGCCAGGUUGGAAAUGGCUGUUCAUUAUUUCUGGCAUUAUCACGCUGCCCGUCGCUGUGUACGGAUACUUCUUCUUCCCCGAUACACCUCAUACGACCACGGCAUUCUACCUAAGCCAAGAAGAAAUCGCUCUUGCAAGAGAGCGGGUGCCGAUUCACGAGGUUGACAAGACGGAGAGUAUUCUCUCCAAGUCUUUCCUAUCUAGAGUAGUACACUCCUGGUACCUCUAUGCCUUUUGUUUCCUGUGGAUUUUAGGCAAUUGCUCCGAAUCGCAGUCCAAUCAGUCGCUUCUCAACCUCUAUAUGCAGGCUCAUCCAACAGAGAAGUACAAUCUCUACCAACGCAACAACUACCCCACCGGUGUACAGGCCAUGGGCGUGACGAGCACGCUGUUGUGGGCCACAUCAACAGAUAUUUGGGGUAGGCGGUGGCUGUCGGGAUACUACGUCUCCUUCACGGCUAUUGCUAAUGCCGCAAUCAUUCUCGCGCAAACUUCGACGGCAGCCAAAUUUGGGGCCUACUACUGGGCUGGCUCGAUCUAUUGUAUCCAAGCCACUUUCUUUGCGUGGGCCAAUGACUCGAUGCGAAAUGAAUCACCGAGACUACGAUCGUGCGUUAUUGCAUGCAUGAACGCGGCUGGCAACUGCUUCCAAGCUUGGUGGCCACUAAUUUUCUACAGAGCCGAUGACGCUCCAGAGUUCAAGAAAGGAAUGAUUGUCAUGAUUGCUGUAGGAACGACCAUGGCGAUUUGGGUCACCGUUCUUAUUCUAGUCGAAAAGCGGCGAGCCAAGACGGAGCUUCAAGUCAUCGAGGCUGUUGUGGAAGAGCAAAGUCUGGGGUCAGAAGGGCCUACGAAGCUUGACUCUGCUAAGUUGGAUAACUAA